AUGGCACCGACGCAGCUCAGCAUUGUGCUGGAGCGCCUGCUCAACGAACUCGGAAUAGCCAACCUCAGUAUGUUCGAGGCUGUGCUCAUGCACGAUACAGGCGCGGUGCUCGACGCGAUCCGAAGCACCGCUGCAGCCGCAGAGGCUGGUGCGGCGGUUUAUGCCAGCUCGGCCACGAGCAAUGUUGUUGUGUGCCGAAGCAGCACUGCUACCGCUGGCGCAAUCUCUGUUCAGCACGAGGGCAGCAUCUCCCGCACUCUCGUCAGCACAGACGCGCAAACCACGCUAAAGGGCUGCCUCGGGUGGUGUUGCCUUAUUUCGAGUGGAGGACCUUGGGGGCGAUUUGUGGGGGUUGCAAUUCGAGGAGGCGACACGCAUGUGCCGCUCAGCUUACCACGGUUUGAGACUAUCAUGCUUCCGGGCGAGCGAUUCGUAGUCGAAGGCGUCACGUGGCACGAAGCAGCCGCCCAAAAUUACACGACGGCCAGCCUCGGCGCGGCGAUCGAGGGUAGCCUCGAGGAGCGGGUCGGCGCCAUCGAGCGCUUGAUCGAGUCAGAGGCAGGAGAGGCGCCGGAACUGCCAGACACCGAGGCGCUUGCAGCCAUCUCACUAGCGGACGCCGGCCUCGACACGGGGCGGCCGGCUGCCCCCGACUCCUCGUUCGUCACGUCUAUCCUUUCGCAGUAUCUCGCGAAUGCCGUCCGCGGCGCUUGCUGGGGUGUUAUUGCGUUCGGAUCCGCCUUCGUUCCCGCCGUGUACCCCAGCGCCUUGCGGUGGCUCCUGUAUGAGUCCCAUAUGACCAUGUAA